UGAAGGUCACGCAAUCAGUGGCAAAUAUUGGUUUAAUUCUAUUGUAUCUGGAAAAUCCGUUCUUGCUCAGUGUGAUAUGGAGACAGAAGAUGUUGACGAGUGCAGCGCUGACGUGCAUAUUUGUGGCUCUAAUGCAAACUGCACAAACACCAACGGUUCAUAUCACUGUUCCUGUUAUUCUGGCUUCACUAAAAGUGGAAAAAAAUGUGUUGAUAUUGAUGAAUGCGCAGUUGGCGUUCACAGUUGUCUCGGUGGAACAGCUACUUGCACAAACACUAUUGGAUCUUACAACUGUUCUUGUAACCAUGGUUAUGUAGGGGACGGAAGGACAAGUUGCUACAUACAGUCGGCUGAAUGCCAAAAUGCUGCAAGCCUUACCGAUGCUAACAGGAAAGAAACGUACACUGGAGUUAUUUUAUGCGACAGUUCACUCGGUCCAAAUUGGUUUCGUUUCCAGGGAGCAGCUGGAAAUAAAAUGGCUACCACAUGUGUUCCAACCAGCCGCUGUGGAACUCAUGCCACUGGCUGGUUAAACGGGGCCCAUCCUACGGUGAGCGAGGGUAUAGUCACAAGGCAGGUCUGUUUUCAUUGGUCAGGAGGAUGUUGUAAUUGGUCCAUCAACAUCCAAGUAAGGAAUUGCAGUGGAUAUUUUGUGUAUUACAUCAGCGGCACGCCUCCAGUGCAUCCGUAUAGCUGUCGGAGACUCAAGUUUCUGGAAGUCAGAGAUGGAUAUGCGUUGGUGGGCCAUGCCUUUAAAACCAUUUCAUUGCCAGUCGGAAUGCAUAUGUAUAGUCACUGUAAAAAUUGGUGUACUAUGGAAGACAGGUGUAAAUCGAUCAACAUGGGGCCCUCAGGAGAAAAAGAUAAAUUUUUAUGUCAAUUGAGUGACUCGGACGACCUACAACACCCAAAUGAUCUGAAACCGAUGGCAGGCUUUAUAUAUAGGAGUACGGAAAACAAGUGCUGCUUCAACAUCUGCUACAACAAUGCAACUUGCCUGGUUGGAUUUACAAACAAGGGAUACAAGUGUGUGUGUCCACCUGGUUACACGGGAGAACAAUGUGAAAAAAACAAGAAUGUAGACGAGUGUACCACCAAAACUAACAAAUGUGACGUCAAUGCCGAGUGCAACAAUACCGAAGGUUCUUUCAACUGCAGCUGCAAGGCUGGGUUUGAUGGCGAUGGCAAAAGCUGCAAAGAUGUAGACGAAUGUGCGACCAAUACCCACAAGUGUGGUGUGAAUGCUCGGUGCAUAAAUACCGAAGGUUCCUUUCACUGCAGCUGCGAAGAUGGAUUUGAUGGUGACGGUGAAAAUUGCACCGAUAUAGAUGAAUGUCUCACCAAUACCCACAAAUGUGAUGUCAACGCUGAGUGCAACAAUACCGAAGGUUCUUUUAACUGCAGCUGCAAGGUUGGGUUUGAUGGCGAUGGCAGGAUUUGCACAGAUAUUGACGAAUGCAGUGGUGGCAUCCAUAUUUGUGGCCCUAAUGCAAACUGCACAAAUACUAACGGCUCUUAUGGCUGUUCCUGCCAUUUUGGCUUCACUAAAAGUGGAAAAGAAUGUGUUGAUAUUGAUGAAUGUUCAGUUGGUGUUCACAGUUGUCUCAAUGGAACAGCCACAUGCAUAAACACUAUUGGCUCUUACAACUGUUCUUGUAACCAUGAUUACGUAGGAGACGGAAGUACAAGUUGCAAUGUGCAGUCACUCGAAUGCCAGAAUCCUGCAAGUCUUUCAAAUGCUAACAGGAAAGAAACUCACUCCGGAGUUAUUUCAGAAUGCGACAGUUUACUCGGUCCAAAUUGGUUUCGUUUCCAGGGAGCAGCCGGAAAUAAAAUGGCUGCCACAUGUGUCCCAGUUAACCGCUGUGGAACUGGUGCCCCUGGCUGGUUGAACGGGGCUCAUCCUACCAUAAGCGAGGGUAUAGUCACUAGGCAGGUCUGUUUUAAAUGGUCAGAGGAAUGCUGUCACUGGUCCAUCAACAUCCAAGUAAGAAAUUGCAAUGGAUAUUUUGUGUAUAACAUCAGCGGCACGCCUCCUGAGCAUCCGUGUCACUUGCGAUAUUGUGGUGCUGACUAAAGUUAUCAGUGAAAACAAUACGAUGUCCGUUUUGCUCAUAGGCCGUGUUAAAUAGAGUCACCACAAAUAUACUACUGAUUUCACCCGCAAGGAUUUUGUUUCCUGUUUUGAAAUGAAAGUGGUAUUGGUAGUCAUAGUUCCUGAACUCGUACACAAUUUUUUUUUUCCGAACAAAUUAGGAUUUAAAAUUUCUUUGACGUUAUUUAACCCGCUGCAAAUAACGAACACGGCGUAGGGUUAGCAACGCUUGCCAACGUUUAAAGUGUAUUCAUGUCCGAUAUCAGUCUUUUCUCUUUUUUACUUGGUCUUUCUUUGUGAGUAGUCGUGUUAGAAUUACUUGAGAGGUAUCAAUAAAUUCGUAUUUAGUCUCAUACCACAAAUAAGUCCUACGCUGUAAGUUCCCAUUGCA